GAGAGGGAAGAAUCGGAGAAAAAAGACCUGUUCUUUGUCUUCCUCUGAAAACUUUUAUUUUCCCCUGCUAAUUCUUGCCAUUUUUUGUUUUUUUAUUUGAAUUCUAACCCUCUUCUCAUUUCUCUACAUCCCAGAUCAAAAUUUCAGCUCUGAAAAUAAUAAAGCUUCUCUAAUCACACGAUUUCGAUAAGUUUUCCGUUUUAGAUUACGUUUUCUUCAUAGAUCUUAAUUCAUAUCUGCGAAAUACCCACAUAUUUCUUUCUCGUAAAACUCCGAUCCGUUUUGUUUUUUGUAAAGAGAGUGAAGUUAUGGACGAAUUUGGCGUUUUAACAGAGCAUUACGGUUUAAAGCCGCAAGGAAAAUCGGUUCCGAUGUCGCAAGCCAAACGAUCCACCCCCGCCGCCAUCACAACCGCGACCGCGGGCCGAAGUUUUGGGUUCGGGAACGGAAACCCCACGUCGUUUUCUUCAAAAACUUCGCGGUAUUCGGGUCCCGGUGACGGCUCUAUGCUUGACGAUCACGACUUUCUCCCCAAUCAAAACUCCCGUAAUUAUUUUGGUAUUGGCGACGAUUUUGGUGGUUUUCAAAACCCCACAACGAAGCAAUCUAAUACGAGUAAUAAAAGUAGUAGUAAUGGAUCUUCAUUCGAUUUGUCUUCAAUGUUAUUGAAUUCUGGUCCAAAACCUUCGCCUACGAAUUCCUACGUCGUUGAUGAUUUAUUUGGAGGAAUGCCCGUCUCUCAAAAUGCAAAUAACGGUACUGAUUUUGGGUCUUUUGUCUCUUCAACGAAGCAAAAGGGUUCGACCGGUGACUUCCUGGGUGAUUUUAGUGGUGUGGCGGCGAAAUUGAAGUGUUCUAACGGUUCUUAUGAUUCGGGAAAACAUGAGGCUGGUGUUGAUGAUUUGAUACCUGGGUUUGGUGGAAGCAGUCCUCCUGUUAAUAGGACCAAUGUUAAGGCAACCAAAUCAACCUUCAGAUCAGCAGAGGAACCUUUUGUCAAUUUAGACUCAGAUUUGAACUCAAAAUAUGUUUUCUCAAAAUCCCCCACAGAUCUGCUGGGAGAAUUCAGCAUGCUUAAUCAAUCUGGAGGAACAAAGCCUCGUGGUUCAUCAAAUGCUUCACAAUCAUUGAAGCCGCCUCCAAAACCAGCACAAGAUUUGAAGGCUGAUAAAGUAAAGAGUUCUGGUGCAUCUCUGAUAGAUGAACUUGAAGACUUUGCCAUGGGGAGAGUGCACAAUAACACUACUAGAUCUAAAGAAGCUGAUGAUGCUACAAAAGGGACUCAACAGAAUAGAGAAGAUGACCUGGAAUCCUUUUUUGGUGCGAGUUCCAGAUCAAAUAGUGCACCAAAGUCAAGGGCAACAACUUUGGAUCCCAUGUUUGAACAAAAUACGCAUGACAGACAGCAAAAGACAUCUGCAGGUGCAUCACCAACUGCAAAGAAGGCUUCUCCUGUCACCAUGACAAGUGGAAUAGAUGACCUUUCUUUUAUUUUUGGAGCUGCCUCAAUAUCUGGGAAAUUCGAGGAAGUUGCAGGGGAAAGUGAAGAAAGACGAAGAGCCAGAUUGGGGCGUCACCAAAGGACCCAGGAUCGAAUGGCUAGAGCAGUUGCUGAUAUGAACCAGCGUGAUCUUCAAUCACUGAAUGAGCAAGAAGAGAGGCGUAGGAUUGCUGAAGCCAUGGAUUUUGAGAUAAAACGCUGGGUUGCUGGGAAGGAAGGCAAUAUGCGUGCACUGUUAUCAUCAUUGCAACAGGUACUUUGGCCUGAAUAUGGUUGGGAGCCAGUUUCACUUACUGAUUUGAUAACCUCUGGCUCUGUCAAAAAAGUUUAUAGGAAGGCCACAUUAUGUGUCCAUCCUGACAAGGUUCAGCAGAAAGGUGCCACUCUUGAACAAAAAUAUAUUGCUGAAAAGGUUUUCGAUAUUCUCAAGGAAGCUUGGAACAAGUUCAGCAAGGAAGAACUUUCUUAGAACCCAGAAGGUAUAGUUCAUUUGAAGAGUUCGAGCUAUUUUUAUUAGGCAAUGGUUCAUUUUUGGAACUGAAGAUACACAACCAGCCUUAGUCGUGUUAUGAGUUUGCAAGGGCACCAUCCGAACAUUGCCAUUGCUAUUUGGGGACUUUUAUCAAGAGAUGAGAUGCUUGUUAAGGAACCAAACUUUUUCAUGUUUGACUGUAAAUUAAUAUGGAUUUGGGGGAAGCAAGU